GUCUUACACCUCCUCUGUGAAAAGGCACAUCUGGCUUUGAUUGCUGUCCAACAACUUGUUUGACACAUCGCAUAAUCACCUCGUCCAACAACCCCGAAACCGAUGAAGACGACUGCAGGCCGCCGAACGACUGAGCGAAACUCGUCGUCCCGAUCAUUCCCGUUUCAGUGAUACGCCCGGAAACACAUAUCAACAAUCCCUGACCCAGCCUGAUUCAGUGCGUCUGACAUCUGCCCGAGGCCAGAGAGAUACGCGGCCUAUCUGCUUUCCAGUUUGCGCGACAACAUGGCCGCUGUUCCAAGACUCCAACAUUGUUGUAAACUGUAUCUCUUGGGCGACAUGAACUUCUUCCACAAAGGCGUAUCAAUGAUGGCAGCUUCGGCAGGACUAUCGCAACAAAACGGCCCCCAUAGCCGAAGUUGUCACGCAGGGACAACCAAACUUCCCAACGCUCCCGAAACUUAGUCU